CCAUCAACUCUCUCCUCAUCAUAUAUGAUAAGAGAACUACCUGUCCACCUACUCUAAACGGCUUAUGCCUAAUAAAAGGCCUCAUAAAACGCUUCAUCUCUAGUAUCUUUCAUUUUUAGAUGUUGAUGUGGAAGUGGAUCUCCUCCAUUUUCACAAUUUUGUUGUCCUCUUCAAUUCUAUUCUCUUCUCUGGUCUUCUUCGUUCUCCUCUUGUCUCUGAAAUUUGUAUAACCAACCAUCUGUCCCUGUCUCUUUUCUCUUUCUAACUCUUUUGUUUCUCCUUCAUGGGAGAACACCACAAGCGUUCCUCAUCAGAUUUCCAAACCAUCAUUGGUGUCCCCAAAGGUUCUUGUUGCAUUAAAGAUGCCUGCAAGGCCUACAAAUCCAUGACGACAAGAUGGUAUCCUGAUAAGAAUUCUUCUUCCACCAAAGCUGAAGACGUAACCAAGUUAAAAACCCUUAAAGAAGCCUUUUUUGAGGACUCCAGAGACAAUGGAGGAGGGAAUCAUCCUUCAACUACCGAUCAUAUCUUCAAGCAGCAUCAGAGCGUCGACGAUCAGUUCUACAUGCCAUCAUUCCAUUCGAGGGACACAAGCCGGAGAUCUAAAACCCCAUCUCCAAUGUCUGGCUCGCUCUCAAGAGGCAUGAGUCGGAGGAGCACCAACUCCAGCAGCCUUAGUGAGCCACAGCCUCUCUCAAGAAGCAUAAGUCGAAUGAGCAACACAAGCACAAUACCCACUAGACAGGGUGAACCGUCGCCGCUCUCAAGAAGCAUAAGCCGAAUGAGCAACAGUAGCACAAGCCCAGGCAGCGAACCACCACUAUCGAGAUGCAUUAGCCGACGGAGCAGCACCACCCCUAUCAUGUUCUCCUACUCGACCGCAAGAACUAAGCCCCCACCGGUGGAGAAGCAGCUAGAGUGCACCCUAGAGGAGUUGUUGAAGGGAUGCACCAAAAAGAUCAAGAUAAAAAAAGAUGUCAUUACUAAUACCGGGUACGUAAUUUUUAUUUUUCUUUUCCUCCCAUGCAUUGAAAUAAUACAUUGAUGGUUUCCUAUACUAGUGGAUGCAUGGCAAAUGUCAUAGCAUGUAUAUAAAGAGAUAUUUCUAUUUAUUAUUAUUUU